UUCACAUCUGUGCGGGUGGUGCCGCUGUGGAUCCGCACGAAAAUCCGUGCAGCCGCACCACCCGCACAGAGAAUUGGGAACCCGCGGGUGGGUGCCAUUAAUUCUAAUGGCACGCUGCCCACACUGGGAACCGCAACCGUACUGGGAACCGAGGUUCCAGUGCGGGCUGCGUUUUCAGAAGAAGUGCAGGGACUUCUUCUCUGCAUGUCACGGGGCACGGAGUCCGUUCAAAUGAAUGGGCUCGUGUGCCCAUGGGCGGACUGACCAUUUGGAAACUC